UGCCUGUUGCAAUUCCAAACUUGGGUCCCUCCUUGAGUUCCUUGCCCUCUGCUCUGUCUCUGAUGCUCCCAAUGGGUAUUGGGGAUCGAGGAGUGAUGUGUGGUAUACCAGAGAGAAACUACACCCUACCUCCGCCACCAUACCCUCACCUGGAGAGCAGCUAUUUCAGACACAUUCUACCUGGUAUCUUAUCUUACUUAGCGGACAGACCACCACCUCAGUACAUCCAUCCCAACACUAUAAAUGUUGACAACAAUCCAGCAUUGUCAGUCUCCAACAAUCCAUCGGCCCUGGAUCCCUACCAGCCCAGUGGAACCGUGGGGCUGGAACCAGGGAUUGUCUCCAUGGACUCCCGCACAGUGAACACACAUGGUCCUCAAAAUCUGCAUCCUAGUGACAGCCAUGAGGUAGCACUGGAUACUACAAUCACCAUGGAGAGUGUUUCGAGGGUAACCAGCCCCAUCUCCACAGAUGGGAUGACAGAGGAGCUCACGAUGGAUGAUGUAGCCGGGGAUCAUUCACAGAUCCCAAAUGGCUCCCGGAGCCAUGAACCUUUAUCCGUAGGCACAGUGGGGAGUAACUUGACAUCGGACGCUGUGGGACACGGCGGUGUCAUUCCCAUUCACGGUAGCACUUUGGAACUCCCUGUCGUCAUGGAGCCCGACCACAUUGCCGGGCGGGUGACAGGGAUAUCGGACAGCACACUAAAUGACUCCAUUCAUACUGUGGCCAUGAGCACCAACUCCGUGAGUGUGGCGCUCUCUACCUCACACAACCUCACUUCCCUGGACUCAGUAGCCUUGCAUGAAGUGGGCCUCAGCCUUGAGCCAGUGGCGGUGUCUUCCAUCAAUCAGGAAGUAGCCAUGGGGCCAAGUCAUGUGGAUGUGUCUGCAGGCAAUCUUGCCUUUGUACCACCCUCUCUGCAAAUGGAAGACUCCAAUUCGAACAAGGAGAAUAUGGCAACCUUGUUUACCAUAUGGUGCACGCUGUGUGACAAGGCGUAUCCGUCGGACUGCCCAGACCACGGGCCCGUCACCUUUGUCCCUGACACCCCAAUAGAGAGCCGAGCCCGGCUUUCUCUCCCUAAGCAGCUCGUCCUCCGGCAGUCUAUCAUGGGAGCUGAGGCGGGUGUGUGGACACGAGAAACCAUUCCUGUGCGGACUUGUUUUGGACCUUUGAUCGGACAGCAGAGCCAUUCUCUGGAGGUGGCCGACUGGACAGACAAAGCAGCCAGUCACAUCUGGAAGAUCUAUCACAGUGGUGUCCUGGAGUUCUGCCUCAUUACAACUGAUGAAAAUGAAUGUAACUGGAUGAUGUUUGUACGCAAAGCCAGGAACCGGGAAGAGCAGAAUCUGGUAGCUUAUCCUCAUGAUGGAAAAAUUUACUUCUGCACCUCUCGGGACAUCCCACCUGAACAUGAGCUUCUCUUUUAUUACAGUCGGGACUAUGCACGACAGCUUGGUGUCCCUGAACAUCCAGACGUGCACAUCUGCCACUGUGGAAAGGAAUGCGCUUCCUACGUGGACUUCAAGGCCCAUUUGAGCAGCCAUAUUCACAACCACCUCCCCAGUCAGGGGCACAGCAGCAACCAUGGGCCAGGCCACGGAAAGGAAAGGAAGUGGAAGUGCUCCAUGUGCCCCCAGGCUUUCAUCUCCCCUUCCAAGCUCCACGUCCACUUCAUGGGGCACAUGGGCAUGAAGCCGCACAAGUGCGAUUUCUGUAGCAAAGCUUUCAGUGAUCCCAGCAACUUACGGACACACCUCAAGAUACACACAGGUCAGAAGAACUACCGCUGUACCCUCUGUGACAAGUCGUUCACCCAGAAGGCCCACCUGGAAUCGCACAUGGUCAUCCACACCGGGGAGAAGAACCUCAAGUGCGAUUACUGCGAGAAGCUGUUCAUGCGGAGGCAGGACCUCAAGCAGCACGUACUCACUCACACGCAAGAACGGCAGAUCAAGUGCCCCAAGUGUGACAAGCUGUUUCUGAGGACAAAUCACCUGAAGAAGCAUCUCAAUUCACAUGAAGGAAAGAGGGACUAUGUCUGUGAAAAAUGUUCCAAGGCUUAUUUAACCAAAUAUCACCUCACUCGCCACCUAAAAAUAUGUAAAGGCCCCACAUCCAGCUUGUCAGCCCCAGACGAAGAAGAGGAGGAGGAUUCAGAGGAAGAAUUAAUAGACUCUAUGAGGACUGAAGACUGUAGGAUUAACAAUGGAGUCUAUUCAACAGGUGAUGCCCUCUCUGGACACAAAUGAAGAAGAGAGGGACAUUUUCUUGGAUAAGUAGGGAAGGAAAAAACCCUCUUCCUUGUUUCCCCAAUCAACAGUGUAUGUCAGGUGAGGAGUUUUCCUUCUGUUUUGGUCUCCACACUACCACCACUUAAUAUACUCUGUAGCCAAAACACUGACUGAGACUGGAUCAUGCCUGCACAAGUGAAGAGUUUCUAAGAAGGAAAUGUGAGGCAAGGAGAUUUUUUCACACACGCUGUGCAUACUUCUCCAAAUCACUCAGAUUAAUUCAUCCAGUGUUGGGACACAUGUCACACCUUGCAAAGGCCUUUAAGCAAAAAGCCACAAACCAGAAAUGUAGUUGAGUGAUUGCAGUGAACUGUAAGCCAACUGUCCUUUACUGCCCAAGCCAUGACAUGAAGAGAAACAAACAAAAAAUGUAUUUUGUUUUUUUAAAACCUCUUAACUGGAGGAUGUGAUUUGGCACAAAGACUUAACAAUGCUCAGGUUUCCUUCUUAAAACAAAACUCUUAGGUUUAAAAAGGAAAGGCCAGUGAAAUCAGCCCUUGCCAUUACCCCACUACAGAGAAUCAAAUAUUGGCUUUUGGAUAACAGUUAUUGCCUCCUCUCCCUCGAGUUCACUAGAACAUGUAAGCAGGUGUAGAGAUAAAGACUGUAUAGACUCAGUAAGGACGAGGCUUACAGACGAUCAGGCAGUGUUUACAGUAUAUAUUACUCCUUGUGCUGUAAACCUUUUACCACCUAGAAUGAUGGGAGGGUUUGCUGCUAAUAUUAUUUAUGGAAUGAAGAUUAUUACAUUUGGUUGUUUUCUUUUGAAAUAAUUAAAAACGUGGCUCUUCUCAAA